AUGGGGGCGGUGCGACGAGCGCUCGGGUCGCUCCUCGCGGUGAGCGCGCGUCGCGCGUCGGGUUCGGUCUCGUGGGACGCGGCGCCGCGCAUCGGGACGCGCCUCGCGUCGCUGCGCACGGUCGACGCGCGGUGGUAUCGGCACCUCGGGGCGAUCACCGCGCCGAGCGUCCCGGGCGGAGGGGGUCCAUCGGGCUACGCGCCUCCCGCGGCUUGGACGUCGCGCCGCGCGACGCGGAUGCACGCGACGUCGUGGGCGUCCGCGUCGGAUCACUGGCGGGGUCUGUCGACGGUCGCCGGCGACGACGCGCCGGAUGACUCGGACGCGGAUGAUGCCGACGACGACGACGACGAAGCAGCGGAAGCAGCCUUCGCCGCCGUCGACGACGACGACAUCGCCGCCUACGACGACGACGACGACGACGACGACGAUGAAGUCGCCUCGACAUCCGUCGCGUCCAACCCAACGCACGUUCGACCCCGGCGCGAGAUCCACGGAUCCGUCACCGAUCGCGACGUCGCGCGGUGCCCGCUCGAUCAGCUCCGCGAUCUCGUCGAGGAGUACCACGACGUGUUCGACGGCGGCGCCGCCGCGCUCGCGCUGAAGAAGAUGGCGACCAACGGAAUGUUCCUCGUCGACUCCACCGACCGGGACCGGCGCGUCGUCACGCAUGCAGAGGACGAAGAAGAACACUCCGGGGAACACUCCGACGAUGGACCAUCGUCGGCUGGACGAAAAAGCGCCCCGGGGGGAAUGUUCGCGCCCUCGCGGGGCGUCAGAGCCGGAAUCAACACCAACACUCGCGUGCAUCCCUCCGUGGACCUCCUCCUGUCCGCGGUGACGCGAACGGCGUGCACGAUGGGCCCGAGGGAGGCUACCAGGUGCAUGUACGCGCUCAUGGUCAUGAACGUGGCGAGAGGGAGGCCGGCAUCGGACGCGUUGGUGACCGCGCUCGACGCCCGCCUCGGCGAGUGCGCGCCGGAGAUGCACGGGAAGCACGCCGCCGUCGCGCUCUUCUCUUCGGCGAAACUUCGACGCGAGAUGCGUGACGCGGAGGUGGCGAGAACGCGAGAAGAUGCGGAGGUCGGAGGUUCGAAUCCCGGCGGGGGCGGCGGCUGGACGUUUACGAAAAAUCAGUUUAUCACCUCGGCCGCUCGGGGAGCCCAAACGUCGAUGCGCGCGUCCGACGCGGCGUUGGUGGACGCGGUCGCUCGAACCGCGGGGGACGACAUGUCCGCGGACGAUCUCGCCAAGGCGAUGCGGGGCGUCGCGAUCUGGAUCGACACGUUGGGACGGAAGGUCGGAAGGUUGACUCGCGCCGUCGACGCGAUCAACGUCGGGCUGGUGAGACGCCUCGUCGACGAAGCGGAGGUCGGAGGUUCGGACCCCGACGGGAUCGACGACGUUUGGGACGCGAGUGACCCCCAAGAAGGAAGGGCUAAACUGACCCCACACGCGGCGAUGUCGAUACUCUCGUCGCACAGGGUCCUCGCGCGACACGGCGCGGGGCGAGCUAACCGUGAGUUGGUCGCGGCGCUGACGACCUCGCUGGACGUCGUGCUCGACGCGAUCGCGGAUGGGGACGACAAGAUCGGCGCCGGGUUGUUCCUGACCGCGGUCAACGCCCUGGCCAAGGCGCGAAAGGCCGCGGGGUUGGACGAACGAAUUCCGGCUGAGCUCAAGGCGAAGAUCGAUACAUGCGUUGAACACUUUUGCGAGAAGAAAGACGUCGAGGCGUGGUUCCCGGGCUCCGCGAUCUUAGCCCUCGCGGCGCUCGCGCAAACGCAGACGUCCUCUGCGGUUCCCUGGAAAGUCACCGGGUCCCUCGCGGGGGCGUUGGAGCGGUGCUUGGAGCGUUUCGAGAAACGGUUCACGCGAGGCGACGCCGUCGCGACCAUUUUCGCGUACGACGCCGCGAUGACCCGACUCGACCCGAACCUCGUUCGCGCUCCGCCCGUCGUCGAUCGCAUGCGCGUAACGCUCGACGAAACGCUCACGCGCAUGCCCCCCGCCAGAGCCGCGCGGCUGCUGGACAAGCAGUGCAAGACGGCGAUGGACGCGUUCGGCAAAGAGGCAAAGAGGACGACGUCUCCGGCGCAUCUCGUGAUGUCUCCGGCGCAUCUCGCUUCGGCGUUUCGCUCGGCGUGCGUCGGAGCCGGCGAGUUGGACGGCUCGCAGCUCGCGUCGCUGGCUCGAGCCGCCGCCUGGUUCUACGGCGCGCAUGGAGACGGCGCGCGUGGAGACGACGCGACGCCGUCGCCGCGCUCAUCGCCGCUGACGCCGCCUACGGAUGAGAUGAUCGCCGGGCUCGACGAAGCCGCGGGUGCACUGGCGCGGUCCGGAACGCUUCCCGCCGGGACCGCCGCCGUGCUGCUGCGGUGCUUCUGCGAGCUUCGCGGCGUCGGGUGGAAAAAAGGGGACCCGACGAACGGCGGCGUCUUUAAGGUGUCGAACCACGCGCUGCGCGACUUGCUGAGCGCCGCUGAGGACGGGAUACCGGAAUUCGAGUCGGUGGCGAUGGACGGGUUCACUCGCGCGGUUCGGAUGCUGGACGGGUUCAACGGCGACGCCGUCGUCGGGGAGCGAGUCAAGUCCCGAGUGGAGGCGCGGAUGGCGGAGUUGCUGCGCACGCGAAGGUUGUUCACCGAUUCGCCCAAGUCGAAGGAGGCGUACUACUUUGGCCGCGGCGGGGUGCUCGAUCACCUGACGCAAUGGCACAAGACUUUCGCGAACGCGCCGGGUCCCACGCACACCGAGCUGAUGGAUCAGUUCAGAACGCAGCUCAGUGACUCGGUGAGCCACAUGACGCGGGAACACGCCGCGGAGGUGCUGAAGCUCUUGGCACCUUUGGAGGAUUCGAAGAAGCCGAUGAAUUGGAAGCUGAUGUCGAAGUCGUCCAUCGGGCCUCUGCUGAAAAAGGCGCUCCUGGAGCAGCACGAGACGAAGUACCCGUGGGGAAAGUGGGCCAAGUACGAGGGCCGUGAUCUGGUGGACCUGACGCGAUCGGUGGCCAACCUGGUGCGGAACAUGGAGGAGAAUCACGAGCGCCUCCACCCGGGUCACGUCGCCGCGAAACACCCAAAGCAAUCCAAGGAGCGAUUCAUGACCCCGAUCACCCCGAGCAUGGUCAAAUCGCUGACGUGGAACAUCAUCAGGGAGUGCAAACGACGUCAUCGCACGGACACUCCGCUCGAACCCGGCGCCUACGUCGAGAUGCUCCAGUCCCUCGCGACGGUGGGGAACUGGGGCCGCGGCAGAUUUUUCAUCGAGAGCGUCGCGGCGCCUCAGUCGGUGGUGAGUCGCCUCGCGGCGAAGAUUUCGCAUCCCGAAUCCGUCGCCGCGCUGACCUACGGGGAGGUGAUCACCGCGGGACGGUGCCUCGUCGCCCUGGACGAGACCGUCACCAGACUCGGCGGCGUCUUUGACAAGAUCGACGGCGUGUUCGACACGUCGUCGAUGCGGAAAUUGGCCGGAGCGCUUCGACGGAGGACCCUCGCCGAGGACACGUUCACCACCCCGGCUCGGGUCUUCGCGGAGACGGCGAGGAUCUCCUUCUUUCUCGACAAGGAGGGACCUGCAGGACACCCUUCGGGGGGAGACGACGCGGGGGACGAGACGGACUGGACGCGGUGGUGCGAGAGAUGCGCUCGCUGCGUGACGACCGCCGCGGACGACGACGGCGGCGCCGCCGCGGCGCAGUUUUUGCGGAUGCUCUCCCACGCGUGCGCCAAGUCGCCGGACCGCCUCGCGCCGCGCGUGCCAUCCGACGUCAUCUCGAGCGUCUCAGACGCCGCCGCGGGUUUGGGGUUGAACGAAACGCUCGAAAACACCGAUUCGGAGUUGAACAACGAAACGGUCGAAAACGGCGGAAAAAUCGGAAACCCCGAACGCGUUCUCCUCAUCGCCGGGGCGCUCGCGCGCUUCGCGGCGUCGGGCGCGAACGUUCCCGCCGCGAAACUCGCCGAAAGCGCCGCCGCCGCCGAGCGAGUGUUGAUCGAAGGGUGGGCGGAAAAUCGGACCUUCCGGAACCAAAAACGCUCGGGAGGGAACGCGUUCUCGGCGGGUGCCCUCGCCACCUUCGCCACGCUUCGCGCCCUUCCCACCUCGGGGUACCGCCUCGGCGAAGAGGCGCGGGGGGCGCUGUCGGAGGCGCUGCUCGCCGACGCUCCCAGGUGGGUCGCGCGCUUCGCGCACUUUGACCACCUCGCGACGCUCGCGCUGGGCCCUGAAAACGGCUCGGAAACGCUCGAAACCGACGACGACGCCGCGAGCCCGGUCGCGUCGCCGACGUUCCCGGAGUUGGCCGCGGUGUGCGACGCGCUCCGCGCGUCGAGCCUCAGCGGUCAGCGCCUGCUCGACGCCGCCGAGGGCAAAAGCGGAACUGGGGCCCGAAAAUUGGGGUCGGGUCCGCGCGAGGACGCGAGGCGCGCGGCGAACGCGGCCGAGGCGUGCGUCAGACUCGUCGAGGCGGGUUUGGAGGGAUGGAGGCGCGGCGGGGACGAGUGCGGGGUUUGGAGGAACGUGGCGGAGUCGGUCGUCGGCGGCGAAGACGGCGCCGCGUUUGUCAAGUCGCUUCGGAGCGCUUCGGAGGGUUUAACGCGGGGUUCAACUUUCGGGUCUUUCGAGACUUCUUCUUCUUCUUCUUCUUCUUCUUCUUCUUCUAUAGACGCGGGUCUGACGGAGACGGACGCCGAGGUGAAGCGGAGGCUGGAUCUCGCGGUGGGAAGGUUGGAGGCUGCGCGCGAGGAGCUGUCCGUCGGGACGAAGGGGCCGGUUGGCGGGUUCUUCAGCUCGCUGUUCGGGUGA